AUGGCAUGCAUUAGGCAAAUCCAAAACGUGGCAAAUCUUAUCUCGACGAUACAAGUAUUGGACGGUACAGAGUCAGUCUUUCCCACCUGGCGAUCUCGCCUUGACGAUGUUCUUGGCUUUCAGAACACCCUCGACAUUGUAAAGGGAACCCUCACUCGUCCUAAGGAUCCUUCAAAGACUGAACCUGCUCCGGCUCGUUCUGUGGAAUAUACUAAAGGAUACAAUCCUAGCGAAGUCACUACGGAUUGGGAUGCCCUAUUGGACCUGGCCUGCUAUACGAUUCGACUGACCCUUUCGAAUCCACUAGCCCAGCGAUAUCGCAAGGUGAAGCCUGCCUCUCGUCUCUACUCGACAAUCGUAAAGGCAUAUGAGAAAAACACUCGAGCUCGCCGAAUGCGCCUUCAAGAGGCUUUUUGGAACGCUAGACACAAUCCAAACGAAGUCAUCGCGUUGUGGAUCGACAGACUCGUUGGCGGUCUCGAUCCCUCCUGGUCCAACGUCCGCGACUCAAUUGUCUACACAGCUACGGAGAUGUCGCUUGACGACGUCAUAGGAGCGCUAGAGGCCCACGAAGUCAGCUUGAAUGGUACAAAGACAAACGACAUAGUCGCCGCUGCCGCCACCACCAAGCGUUUUGGAUGCUCUCACUGUGGGAAACACGGUCAUUGCUCUUCUGAUUGCUACCAACUAAAGAACAAAGGGAAAGCUAAAGCUGGAGCUGUCACCACGGUCAAAUUAGGUGGUUACGAUUCAGGGUCUUUCGACGAUGAGGAUGAAAUCGGUGUAAUCUAUGAGUAA